GGCUUACAGUUCUUUCCAGAACACUGGGAUUGCGCAACAUUAAUACUGUCUGACUUUCGGGAGCACAAAGGCUGCAUUUCUAUUCCAACCUCCAACUCUACAAAAGUUGGGACAGUUUUGUGUUUUAGGCGUAUUUGCUCAGUUUUCCUCUAAGACAGAUUUAGAGACUGGUGCAGCUUCAAGGACCAGCUGAGCCAUGAAAGCCAGCAGUUCGAGCGGCUCUUGGAAGUUGCGUGUCCUGUUCUGUGGGCUGGGUGUGCUGACUAUGCUGAACUGCGCAGGGAUGAUCUUUCUCAUCUUGCAGCACGGCCGCCUGUCCGGUGAGCUGGCUGACCUGGGGGCUCGUCUGCAGGAAUUCUCCAAGAGCUCAGUGGUGGAGUUUCUCUCAGAGGUGACCCGGGACCAGGCUGAGGACGCUGGGCAGUACCAGUACUCACGCAACAAGAGGAGCCAGGAGCUGCGGGAGACACACAUCAGAGCUGAGCAAGAGGACAUGCUGAUGAUGAUGACGUACUCCAUGGUCCCAGUCAGAGUCUUGGUGGAUCUCUGUAACAGCACUAAAGGAAUUUGCUUAACAGGUGACAAAGGAGAUUCAGGAGAAAAGGGAGAGAAAGGAGAUCCUGGCCCAAAGGGGGAAAUGGGAGAAACCUAUAAUGAUGUCUUAUCGGAGGGUCCUCCUGGCCCAGUAGGUCCUCCAGGUCCUCCUGGUCCGGUCGGUCCAUCUGGUCCCCCUGGACCCCCAGGGCCUCCAGGCAACAGAAGUCACAGAGCAAGGGCCCAGAAGAACAGCAUCAGUUUGUCAUAUGCUGUCCCAAAUGAUGAUACGUUAGCUGGAAAAGCUCCAGAAAAAGCAAAAGCAGCCCCUUUGAAGAAAGCUGAGUGCAUCAUAAAGUUUGUUAGCUGUCCUACUGACAUCACAAAAAUGGAAACCACAUUUGGGACAUGGAUGCAAGAUACUGCAUCCGAAAAUGACGAACGGAUUUGGGUAGCCGAACACUUUUCAGGUCGAGCCGUGAAGCAAUAUAAGAACAUUGCUUCACUCCAGAGCAACAACAGCUUGACGUUGGACAUAAAGAAGUUCUACCAGGGGUGCGGUCAUAUUGUACAUAAUGGAUCUCUCUACUAUCAUGUUGGUGGUACAGACAAGAUUGCAAAGUACGAAAUCAGCAGCAAAAAAUUAUGGACUACGAAAAUAGAGAAUGCUUUGUUCCACAACCUCACCUAUCUCUUCCACAACUCCAAGACGUACUUCAACCUGGCAGCAGAUGAAAAUGGGCUUUGGAUCAUCUUUGCUUCACAUUCUGAUGAAAAUAUUAUGGUUGCUAAACUGGAGGAAAAAUCAUUUUCUGUUGUUCAAUACAUUAAUACGACUUACCCAAGGUCCAAAGCUGGCAAUGCGUUCAUAGCCUGUGGAGUCCUCUAUGUUACUGAUACUAAAGACAUGAGAGUUACAUAUGCCUUUGAUUUACUGAAAGAGAAACCGGUCAAUGUCAAUUUUGAUCUAAGAUCAUCAAAUGGCGUUUUGGCAAUGCUGUCUUAUAAUCCUAAAAAUCACCGUUUGUAUACAUGGGACAACAGCUAUGUAAAAGCAUACAACGUACACUUUUUAUCAGAUGAAUGAUCACAAGAAAUUUGCAUGGAAACACAUCCAAAACCAUUUAAUUUUAAAAGUUUGUUUUGUACAAUUUUAUACGUUAGACAUUAGUAGCAGGCUUUAUUUUUUUAUUAUAUUUAAAUGUGUUUGUGACAUUAUUCAUUGCUUUUUGGUCUGUGUCCAAUUUAAUCAAAAUUAAAGUGCAUUUAAAACAUGGGUUAUAAAAUAUUUUACAUUUAAAGUAACCUUAAAAUUUUACAUAUUACCUCCACUUCUGUAAGCAUGAAAAACCUUUUCUUUCAUUCCAUUACCAAAGAGUACACCAAUCAGUUCACUCUAAAAUACAGUAAAUAAAGUGAAGACUAAUUUAUAUUAAUUUAAAAUAUGCUUAAUUGUAAACAUCAUUUCUUAAAAAUUGUCUGGAAAAAAACAUUUGCCUUGAGAUAAGAAGUAUACCAAGUUCUUAAUUUCCCUUAAAUACUGUUUGGAGAAUGAAAAUCCUUUUAAUAUACUUUAAAUCUAAAAUAAUGUACAGAGAAGUUAUCAAAUCUAGCUUUUAAGAUUUCAGGUAAAAGACUCAUUUUUUCAUUCACAUUCUCCAUCAUUUACAUGCUUAAAAGUUAGGGAAGUACUCCCCUCAAAUCAGGCUUUUACCAUUCAGAUCAUACUUUAAUAACAAACACAUAAUAUAAAAAAACAAAAUUCUUAAUGUUUAAAUUUGUGUUGUUAAUGUGCACAAUUACGGGGCAUUUAUCCAAUAGAAUUAAAUGUUCUCAUCCUUGAACACAGAAAGAAGUUGCAAGUCAACAACUAGCUUUUAAAAGAAAAACAAAGCUUGAUAGAUUUUCAUGAAAUAAAAAGAAUUUAUUCAACUUACAAAGGUAAAACUCUUAACAAUGACAGAACUACCCGUUCUUGUACACAGAAUUCAUUCUCGGCAAUGAAACGUUUUGUUCCCAUGAACAGUGCAUUAAUGCUUGAGAUAAAUACACAACACAGACAUUAAGUAAAAGGAGGACAUUCAGUUAAACAGUUAAAUACACAAACAUGAUUUGCAAUAGUUCUGAUUGAAACACAAAUAUGUUUAAUGAAUACCUUACAUUUAACCAAAGAACUAAUUCAGUUUUUAUGUUACAAACAGAGAAUAAAGAAAAGCUUUAAUGUUUGUACAAGCUGUUGUGGUAAUUUAUAUAUAUUUAUAUAUUAAAACUAUUUCAAACUAUUUACUACUUGGCCAAAUAAAAGCCAGACAUUCAUUUGUAAAUGUAACAGUUUCUUCCUUCAUAGCAUUUGUUUUCUUAAAUAAAGUUUUGUAGUGUCCCACAUUUGAGUGCAAAGGUUCUCUUUUUCAUGGGUAAAGCAUUUAAAAAACAACACUAACCUAAGUAGUGUUGUACUGUGUCCCUGUAUGCUAUUUAAUACACCUUACAUUCCUAAUGUAAAGGCAAUAAUUGAAAUAUAAAUACAACAGUCUGGAAAGAAAAAAAAAGUGAAAAGUGUUUUGUGCAAAACAAAACCCUGUUU